AUGUCUCAGAACAUAGACGUAAGCGGAAGAUACACAGACACAGGAAACAUACUGCAGAUAGAGUAUGCACGCAAGGCAGCAGCCAAGGGGCACACCACGAUAGGAAUAGCCUUUAAAGAUGGAGUUAUCCUGGCAGUGGACAAGAAGGCACCUUCUAAGCUCGUGGAUAUUAACAGGCUCAUGUACAUAGAAAGCAUCUCCGAUGCAUAUGCCAUGGCAUACACAGGGCUUGGGCACGAUGCCUUCGUAGUGAAGCACGAGCUGAAGAACUUUUGCGCGCAGAUACUGGAGGCAAGGGAAAGAGAGCCCCUGGAGGAAGAGUUCUUCGAUCAGGCCAGGGCGUACUUAAGCCAUUUUACAUCGUACAUGUCAUGGAGGCCCGUGGGCUGUGAGUUUUUGGUCUCAUCUCAGACGCACAAAGGAGUAAGUCUGUUCCACAUAGAUCCAUCAGGCUCAGUGAACAGAUGUAAAGCGUACGCAGUGGGGCUCAAUGCACAGGCAGCAAAGACAGAGCUGGAGAAGAUACACACGGACAUCAUAACAAGAGAAGACGCGGUGGAGGCAGCUGUCAGAGUUCUGCAUCUGUCAAAAGACGAGCUGACUGAAGGAUCUUUUGUCAUUGAGAUGGUUGAGAUCCUGAAGGAGGAGGGAAUAAAAAGAGUCUCAGAGGAAGAGAUAGGCAAACUAUCAGAGGGAUUCCAGGAGGACGCAGGGCACUAG